CAAACAACUCUUCAUCCACUCAUCAGCAAAAAACAAUUCCAACCUCCUCAGUUCUCAUACCAUUUCUCUCUAUUGAUGGCAGUUCCGUCGACCUUUCUCAUGGCCCCAUCGUCGCCGGUGGCUAUUCAAAGGUCACUCUGGCACUCACCGGUUCCCUACCUCUUCGGAGGUCUUGCUGCCAUGAUGGGUCUCAUUGCUUUUGCUCUCUUGAUCCUCGCCUGCUCCUACUGGAAGCUCUCCCGGAACAUACAGAACACCGAAGACCUUGAGUCCGGAGACGCUAAACCAGAUAACAACAAGACGCCACCUGUUACUGUUUUUGAAGAAAAGUAUCUCGUAAUCAUGGCUGGACAAGUGACACCCACGUUUCUGGCAACACCUAGUUCUAGCAGAGCGUCGUCGUUUGGUAGUAGUAGUAGUUGUGGGAGCAGUUCGGUUACAACGUCUGAAGAGAACUCGUUGACUCCGGAGAAGGAAAGAGAUGGGAACAGUGAUCAGGUACAAGUAAGGAUCACCGAGAACCAUGAGUCCGCAGAUCAGGUGUCUUAAUAAUAAUAUAUUGUAUCUUGAGAAAGGAAAUUUUGUCUUCGAGAUGGUGAUCUAAGUAGUGAGAUGUGGAGUGGUGCAUCAUAGAUAUGAUAGGGGGUUUUGUAGGUGAUGAUAGGAUUUUUGUUUGAUCGCUGCGGUGAACGUACAUAAACUUAUGGAGAAUCUAAAGAAUUUUUAUUACACGAGUCCAAUAAAAAUUGUCGAAGUUUCUCUUUGAA